GCAGUUACCAGUACUGUUUAUCUGCUUGGGAAGCAAAAGUUGAGACUUCUCCUUAGAUACUGGCCCAUGCCUUCCUCACUGGUUCUUCCAGAUCAACGUUAGUCCUAACUCAGCCAUUUCUGGCUCCCAACAUAGUGAAGACAGGCUUCAUGAACAUGGAACCUACUGAAGAAAGCCCAGCAGAGAACCAAAUCCUGGCUCAAAACACCUCAGUCGCACUGAAUUGUGACACUGGUGCAGAUAAAGUUCUUGCCUCACUAGAGAGUAAGAGGAAACGGAAAGGAUACUUGCCAACUGAGUCAGUGAAGAUCCUCCGAGACUGGCUGUAUGAACACCGGUUUAAGGCCUACCCUUCAGAAGCAGAGAAGAGAAUGCUGUCCAAGCAGACUAAUUUGUCUUUCCUGCAGAUUUCUAACUGGUUUAUUAAUGCCCGCAGACGUGUUCUUCCAGAAAUGCUUCAACAGGAUGGAAAUGACCCCAACCAGAUCACCAUGUGCCACCAAAAAAGCAAGGCUGCUGAUCUGACCCAUGAGCAGAGCACAGAUUCAUCUAUACAGGCCAGAUCAGGGCCCAGAGAUCCAGACAAAAUGCAGUGCCUGCCCUUUAGCCUCCUUCCAAUGGGCCAGAAACCAGGGGAGAAGCUGCUAGGUUCAGAGUUGUCUCCAGGCCAGAAGCUCACACCAAAGGCUCAGCCAAAAAAAAGGGUCAAGUUUUCCACUAGUGAACCCUUGCUUACAACGUCUCCCAAACCUGUGAUAACAGAGGAGCACAAGGACUUCAGCAGCUUCCAGCUGUUGGUUGAUGCAGCCAUGCAAAAGGCUGCAGAACUGGAGCUGCAGAAGAAGCAAGAGGCCAAUCCAUGAUAUCCAGUGUCCCUAAAAUUUCAAGUAGUCAGUCCCUUGUCUACAGUGAUCCAUUUAUGUUCCCCCAACUAAUUCAUAAUUUCACCUUUUAUAGAGAUUUUUUUCUUUCUAGGAGUUUUAGGAGGACCAUCACUAGCUAUUGGAACUCAAUUCUGCUAGAUAUUUUGGUGUUUCCAAAUGGACUUGUCAUCAUGAUUAACACUAAAGUAGAGAUAUCUUCUCUACUUCUGCUUCCUCCUAGGUUUAAAGGCUUUAGACAAUCAGAUCAACACACCUGAGACCAGAAACAGUGCUAACACAUCUUUGGAAACUUGCUUUGGCUUUUCCAGCCAGACUUUUUGGUCCUAGGACGGCUGCAGAUACCAAAUCACUAAUCUUUCUCCCUCUUUCUAACUUUCCUUUUUGAUUAGAAUGAAUAAUGGAAAAGAAAGCUCUAUAAAAGAUGACUAUAAUG